UGCAGCAGUUGCCGCAGCAACCCAGGCAGGCAGCCAAGGAAGUAGGGGAGGCAGACGAGAAGAAGAGCAUGGUGUGAGCUCAAGUCAUCCAGAGCCUGACAGAGAAGGACUGAGAACUGCUCAAAGCCCAACAGCAGAAGGAGCAGACCUGUGGGAGUUCAGAGAUGCCCAGCCCAGAACUGUAUUCCCCUGGCUUUGGCCAGGGGCAUGGUGAGUGUCAGCCGCCCGCUCCAAGCCAGAGUGUAGAAGGAGAGGGCCGGCAGGGAGACGCUGAAGAGUUAGGGAAGGCUGGUGGCAGGGAGGUGAGAAAGAAGAAGAGGGAGGAGGAAGGGGGGAGAAGAAAGAAAGCAGAUGCUGCUGGUUUUUCUGUUUUGUAUUCCGUAAGGGCUAUAGGAGGAGAGGAGGAGAAGAAGAAGAGAGAAGAGAAGAGGAUCGGUGUAGCCUCUGUGAGGGGAAGAGGACAGCAGGAGGAUGCCUUCAAUGGAAGAUUCAUCCUGAGGCUCCGAUUCCAAGGAGAGGACAACAGCUGCCCAACGAGAGACUAUGUAGUGGGCACCCUGAUCAUCAAGUCGAUUGGGAUGAACCCAAGAGACAUCUAUGCAGUCAUUCAAAUUCCAGGCAGUAAGGAGUUUGAUGUGAGCUUCAGAUCAGCAGAGAAAUUGGACUUAUUUUUGAGAAAGUAUCAGGAGAAAAAGGGUCAGGACUGCUGGGAGAACUUUGUGCUGAUUCAGCUGACAAAACCAAGGCUAAAGACCCUGUUCAUCCUCUUCAGGAAUGAAACCGUGGAUACAGGAGACAUUGUAACUUGGUUAAAGAGACAUUGUGAUGUGUUAACCACCCCGGUCAAAGUGGCUGAUCGGUUUGGGGUCUGGACUGGGGAAUAUAAGUGUGAAAUCGAACUGUGGCAAGGGGAGGAGGGGAUUGACCACCUGCCAGGGGCCUUUUACUUAGGCACAGAGAAGGGCUAUAGCUGGUAUAAGGGACAGCCAAAGACCUGUUAUAGAUGUGGUUCCAAGAAUCAUAUGAGUUUAACAUGUAACCAGGAAAGGUGUUUCAGGUGUGGAGAGCAAGGACAUAGCACCAGCUUCUGCAAAAAGGGAAUUGUGUGUAACCUCUGUGGGCAGAAAGGACAUAUCUAUGCAAGCUGCCCCAGAGCAGGCCAUUCAUCUGGAAUCACUGGGGAAUGAGGUGUUUUGAAUAACUGAAUGUUCCAAACCACUGAAGCUUACCCCUCCCCCCUUGAAGUGCCAGACUCUUGUGUUCAUUUUAGCCAUUUUAGUGGAAGUGUUUCUAAAAUAUGUUACACAUGUGUCUCUGCCUCCUUAAACAGAAUAUAUUGAAGACAAGUCAGCCUUUUCUUGAUGACUCAAGGUCAUCGUUGUGACAAUUAGUAAUUAUCCUGUGCUAUAAUAGAGUAAUUUCUUCUGUCUUUACUGUUGUCAUGCUGUCAGCUGUUACUUUGAUUGUCAGUGUGUCUACCCUUUUACCUCUUCCCCCUUCUAAUUUGCUGCUUCUGAUCUGUUGUGAUCUGAAAAAAAUUAAUGUAGCUGAUGUUGUUAGAAUUAUAUGUAAAUUAAGAGUAAAUAAGCUCUGAAUGGUGGCCUGAGAGCCCCUCCUACAGAACAAAGUGCAUGGGCUUUGUGACAGCUAUUUCAAUAGCCCCCAAAAUUUAUGUAUCAAUAUAUAGAUAGAAGUAGAGAUCUUUUCUUACAGAAUUGUGAAAUAUCAGAGCUUAACAAGACUUUGUGGAUUAUUUAGCCACCCUCCCCCUCAUUUUUCAUAUGGGUAAACUGAGGCCUAGAAAGAGGAAAUGACUAAAGUCACACAAUGAGCAGGAAAGCUGGGAGUAAAACCUAAAUUUCCUGACUCCCAAUCCAGAGCUCUUUCUAUUAUACAUACUGCCUCUUGAGGGGGGUUUUCUUUGUUUUUCUGUUUUGGUUUUGGGUUUUUGGGCUGGUUCUUCAUUAUGUUCUGAGAACUGAGGUCACUAGAAGUUGGCUCUCCAGUAACCAGAUAAGUUGGGUAUUACAAAAGGGAGAGAGGGAGGCUCAGCUAGACAGCAUCUAGAACCCUAAGCAAAAGGGUCCAGCCAAGCUGGCCUAAUGAAUAUAAAUGGACAAGGUUCUAGAAACCCACUUGGGGACUUUAAGUCAACUGGAAUCCCAUAAGCAGAAGCUUCAGGAAAUAGAAGAGAAAGGAGGAAACAAAAGAAGAAGAUGGAUUUCAGGUGAAAGGCAGGGAAGGAAAAGAGAGGAAAACCAAUGAUGUUACAAGGGAUAGGUAAACCCACCUAUCACUUUCUGUAGGUUGGAGUAUAGUCCAAAGGGAUUUGGUAGGUCCAGUCUAGACCAAACCUUCCCCUGUUUACCACCAUCACUGGUGAAUUGAUGAUGGCCAGCAUAGCAAUAUAAAUGGGAGCUUUAGGCUUAAUGCUUAAGAAACUCCAAAAGGGAAACUGACAUGGGGCAUUGCUGGACUUGUGGUUCCCAGACUGAUGAGUAGAAAAGCAUAGAUAAUAAUCAUAAACACCAACAUGAGGAUAUAGUGCUUGAAAGAUAGCAAAGUACUUUGUAUUCAUUAUCUCACUGAGUAUUAUCUUACAAUAGCUCAUGAGAUAAAGACAUAAAAUUUAGAACUCGAAGGAACUUUAGAGAUCAUCUCAUCCAACCCCCUCAUUUUACGGAGAGGGAAAUUGAGACCUAGAGAAAUGAAGUGACAGUAUUAGCACUGGAAGUAUGAGCAAAUUUUGUCUUAAAGAAAAAAGGCCAGUUGUGAAUAGGGAGAGAGAGAGAGAGACAGAGACAGAGAGAGACAGACGAGACAGACGAGACAGACAGAGAGACAGAGACAGACGAGACAGACAGACAGACAGAGACAGAGACGGAGACAGAGAGAAUGUCACCUUGUGAGAAAGUUGUCCCAAAAGAUGAUAAGCUGCUUGUGUGUAAGUUUUGUUUGCCUUUUCUUUGUUAUGUAUUUGGCAUUAUUUUGUUGUGGUUUCCAAAGUGAAUUAAUGGCUUGGUUUUGUUAUUGUGAAUAAAUAUUUAUCUUUUAUAUAAAUGAC